AUGAGCUCAAAUGAGAUGGUCAACCCGCACGAGCAGCAGCAGCUGGCGCUUCUUGCAAGAAUCAUCAACAGCACCAAAGCCCUCAACGACUCCGUCCAUGAUAUGAACUUGUUUUUGCAUAAGAUUAAUAGCGACAAUAAGAAUGUCGAGAUUGUUGCGCAGAUGUGGGAGAAUUACUCUCAGAACGCUGAGUACAACUUAGAAGCCACUGGCCAAAAGAGAAAGCCGUUGUAG